AUGGGUUCUUUUAUCAAAUCGUCCAAAUCGACCGAGAAAACAAGGCAAAACAAAAGCUCAAGAACCAACACGCCGACCAUAGCCGAGAAAUCAACUGACGAUCCAAAUGUCGAUCUGCCGACGGGCCUCAAGCUUCAUGUGAUCACGUUGGGCCUAGGUAUAACGUUCUUCUUAGUUAGCCUGGACAAUGUAAUUUUAUCGACUGCAAUCCCGCGAAUUACGGAUGAGUUCAGCUCCAUCGCCGAUGUUGGAUGGUACGGCAGUGCUUACCUUCUCACAACCUGCACGUUCCAACUUACCUUGGGAAAGCUUUACUCGCUUUUCUCGAUAAAACUCAUCUAUCUGAUUUGCAUCAUCAUCUUCGAGGCCGGGUCAGUAAUCUGUGGCGCAGCACCUCGAUCCACUGUGCUCAUCCUUGGUCGGGCUAUCGCCGGGAUUGGUUGCGCCGGGAUCCUAACUGGGACCUUCAUCAUAAUCGCAAUCGUCGUUCCUCUUCCCAAGAGGCCUGCGUACAACGGUCUCUUCGGCAGUGUAUAUGCAAUCGCCUCCGUAGUCGGGCCAUUGCUUGGAGGCGCCUUCACCGAUAAAGUGACCUGGCGUUGGUGUUUUUAUAUCAAUCUCCCAUUCGGCGCCAUUGCGUUGGCCAUACUCUUCUUUCUUUUCAAUGAGCCGCCUCGACCGAAAGACAAAGAACACAAGACAGUGGUUGAAAAGAUUAUGCAAGUCGAUCCAAUGGGCACUCUUGUCCUGAUGCCGGCCGUCAUUUGCCUCCUGUUGGUGCUACAGUGGGGCGGCACCACAUAUCCAUGGCGCGAUCCGAGAGUUAUUGUUCUUUUUGUUGUCUUCGCCAUCCUCUCUAUUGCCUUCGUCCUCAUUCAGAUAAAGAAAGGAAAGAACGCAACACUCCCGAUCAAGAUCAUAACACAAAGAAGCGUUGCAGCGGCAUGCUGGUUCUCAGUAUGUACGGCUGGAUCUGACUUCACGAUGAGGCAAUAUAUACCCAUCUGGUUCCAAGCCAUCCAAGGAGUCUCUGCUGUUAAGUCAGGGCUAAUGAAUCUCGCCCUGAUUCUAGCCACAGCCCUAAGUUCAAUUCUAGGUGGCAUAGGCACUGGUCAGGUCGGGUAUUACAAUCCUUUUAUGAUUGCAUCGACCGUCCUAAUGGCAGUCGGCUCAGGCCUUUUAACUACUUGGAAGCCAGGCAUUUCUGAAGGGGUUUGGAUUGGCUUCCAGGUUCUGUAUGGGCUGGGUUCUGGCAUGGAUAUGCAAAUUCCACUCAUUGUUGUUCAAGCGGUUUUACCUCCAGAAGACAUUCCGCUUGGAACCGCACUUGUAAUGUUCAUGCAGUCAUUUGGGGGAGCUAUUUUUAUUUCCGUGGCCCAAAACAUAUUCACCAACGAGCUCCGCACUGGACUCGCCAAAUACCUGCCGAAUAUCAACGCUACCGCCAUCAUUCAUGGCGGUGCAACCAGCAUCAGAGAGCCGGGUGUGCUACCGCCUGAUGCUGUUGGCCCAACUCUGCAAGUUUAUAGCAAAUCUAUCACUAACUCGUGGUAUCUAGCCGUUGGUUUGUCUUGCGCAAGCGUAUUUGGGAGCGCUUUUGUGCAAUGGAAAACAGUAAAACAAUCGCAAUCGCCUACGGCUGUUGUUGAGGAUGCAAACCUUGAUCAACGACAUGCAAAAGAUGGUGGAACUGAAAUAGAACUACGAGAAAAUCUAAGCAAGUCUGUGUAG